AUACCGUACCAAAUAUUUCGGUUCGGUAUGGGAUUUUACGUUGUAUCAAUCCCGAUCCCGAAGCAUCGGUUCGGUAUGGUUCGGGAUGUUUCGGUAUCGGUUUCAGUACAAAUCGUCGACCGUUUUCAGGCGGCGGUCGACCGUUUUCAGGAGAGAGUUGACCGUUAUUGCAACCGUGGUAUUGGAGUUUCUGGUCUCAGAACGGUCGACCUUGGUGGAGGGACGGUCGACCUUUGUGGCAGAACGGUCGACCGUUUGUCAGAACGGUCGACCAUUCCUGCAAACCAGCCAACAUUGCUUCAUCUCCAACCUCGGAUGGGUACAGAUCCUGUUAUAUUAUAUGUUGUUUAUGGUGGAAAGUGGACCACAGAUCACAAAGGGAAGUAUGUUUACAGUGGAUUCGGCAAGAAUAUAACUUCGUUGUUUUGGGAUGUUGCUAAUUUGGACUUUGAUGCCUUUUUGAAAGCCAUUAUUCAAAAGCUUGGUUGUGAUAUGAAAAAUCAAAGGCCAAAAAUUGCAUUUCAAAUUCAACGGCUUGAAAAAAAUAUUCCACCCUUUUCCAUCGAUUCAAGUGAAAUACUACAUGUAUUUCUUUUGGAAUUAAAGCAAAACUUUACAGCCUUGCAUGUUGAGAUGGUUCCAGUUGAACGUGAAGAAAAAGAACAAGAAGAGCAAAUACAUGAAGUCCAAGAAGAACUCUUGGGAUUGCAAUCAGCAAUUGACCCCUUCGUUCUCCUGAUUGAUUGCUUCCAGGAUGACUUCUUCAAUUGUACGAUUGUUGCUGAUCAAGAAUCUGGGCGUGAUCAAGAAGAUAUUGUUUUUCAGAAAAAUGCAGGGAGGUGUGAUCAAAAUCCUCAAUUCGUUGAGUCUAAUGCCACUCCUGUGAAGAGCCCAGCAACUGCUCAAGUGGAUGAAGAUGAUUAUAUUGGUGGUGAUAAUGAUGAGUUAAAUGAGGACGAGUGCUUUAUUCGGAGGGACGAUCCUUCUUUUGAUACGUCUUUUGGUAAUGAGGUAGACGCGACAUUGGAUGGUUGCUUUGAAGAUGGGUCGGAUUUAGCCAUCGGACUUGAGUUUGCUGACAAAAGAGAGUUGAAGAAGAAGAUGGUUGAUGUUUCCAUACAAGGACAUUUUGAAACAAAGACUGUGAAGAGCGACAAGAAGAGGUAUCACAUCACUUGUAAUUUGAGGAAGCGUUAUCCAAAGAUGUGCAAAAAGGGGUUGGAUAAACUUUUUGAGAACCUUGCAAACGCAUACACCAAACGGUCAUUCAAGAGGUUGUAUGGCGACUUGAAAGCAAGGUACCCAGCUGCUGGCAAUUACAUUGACAAUAUCCCAAAGAAAAGAUGGGCCAGGGCGUAUUUUGAAAUAAACCGGUACCAAAUCAUGACGACAAAUGGCGCCAAAUCAAUCAAUAGCGUGUUGAGGGAGGACAGGGAACUUCCUAUUGUUGCACUUUUAAAAGCAGUCCAGAACAUGACAUCAAGAUGGCGUGGAAAAAGGCAACAAGAGUUAAGGUCUCUCGAUGCGUCAAAUCCCCCUGUUACCCCGGCUGUUGAAGCUGAAAUGCGCAAGAGAUUCAACACUGCCUUGCGCUGGGAAUGUCAUCAGUUGAAUCAAUACGAGUUUGAAGUCAAGGGAGUGCACUCUGACCAUGUUGUUAACCUUUCAAAUAAAACUUGCACCUGUCAAGUGUUUGACAAGGAUAAGAUACCUUGCGUGCAUGCACUCGCUUGUUCAAAACGCACAUGCAUAGAUUGUUAUAGCCUGUGUAGUAAAUUAUACACAAAGGAAUACAUGUAUAUCGCAUACGCGGAAGCAAUCUACCCCGUGCCACAUGAAGAGGACUGGGAUGCCGAUGGAAUGGAGCUCAUAGAAGUCAAACCCCCUGAAGAAUAAUGAAUUUCUGUAUUGAUCUCGGAGGUCAAGCCUCGAAUAUAUACAAGAUGCAAGUCUCCUAAUUAUGGUAGAAUAUAAAUGCAAUCCUUCU